CUUCUGUUUGUAACCCGCAUAUCAUUUUUAUCAAUUAUGACACGAAAACGUAUAGGUAGUCUGUUACCAUGUGGACUGUCUUUUUCACUUGGCGUCUUUCUGACUUAUAUAUGCCUAAAUUACAUUUCCAUGAAAGAAACAGCGGUUAUAUACCAACCUAACCAAUCACUUGUUCGGCGACCGUCAGGAAUGCAUGACGAUUUAUCGAGUGUACUAAAUUAUGGAACUAAAAAUGUCGACAAUAAGCUCAAUGAAUUAAAUACAUCAGGACCGAGAAAAAUACUACUUGACUGCGGUGGUAAUAUGGCGUCAACAGUAGAGUUGUUUCGGGAAACUUACCCAGAUGGUAAAAAUUUCAUUAUUCAUUCGUUCGAGAUUGAUGUACGACUCGCACCAUAUUUCAGUCCAUAUAGAGAUCAUUACUUGCACUGUCCUGUUGGAGUCGCCGAACGAGACGGUAACAUGACUGCAUUCAGCGAAUCAGUAUGGUCUCCGGACAAAGGAAAGAACAAUGGAAGGGACAUGCAGUGGGGCGGGGGAACUCUCUUUGUUGACAAAAAAGAACUGACUGACACCAACACUGGUGGACGUAGAAAACUGGCUGUACGUAAGACAAUUCCAGUUGUGGACUUGUCUAGAUGGAUAAAGGAAAAUACCAGAAAAGAAGACUAUGUGAUUUUUAAAUUAGACGUUGAAGGAGCUGAAUAUAGAAUUUUAAAAAAAAUGCUAGAAGACGGAACCUUUGCAUGGAUCGAUAAGUAUUACGGGGAAUACCAUAAUAGUCAGCCAGUUGGGCUCUCUAGUGGUGAGAAAGGCAAAAUAAUCAAUAAUGUAAAGACUAAAGGGAAAAAAAUGUAUGAUUGGGGAGCAGAGAUAAGGAAUUACGCAGAUUUUGAAGCUCUCCAUCCAACAAAGAUACCUGAAGAGGCUCCUGGUAAAGCAGGGGCUGUAUACAGUAAAUGCAACACACCGAAACACUUAGCCAUUGCAAUCAACGUCGGAAUGAGUAGGAAACAAGCAGUAAAAGUGAUGUCAAUAUUAGCAUAUCAUAGAACAAAAGUCCCGGUCACUGUGUUUGUGUACAGUGAGUUUGCUGAAGAAUGGCCCGACCUUGUCAAAUUCUGGGCAACAGUCUAUAACAUUGGACUACGUGGAAAUCAUCCAUACCCAACCGGUCAUUUUGAAAUGAUGGCUGCCAAUUGGAUUCGAGAAGCUGUAGUUAGUUCAGAAAUGCGUCUUCGUGAACUUGACAUAAACCCGAUAUUCUACUCCCCUAAUGAAUAUGGCGAAAACGUUCAGCAGCAACUUAAACAUAGGGGAUUCAGAAUCAUCAAAGCAGCUGUGAACUUCCCGCCUAAAUCAGAACCUCUACUAACUGUACAGAAUUACUACAAAUUUCGAGAUGUUGAACGUGUCCCAAAAGCACUUAGAACAAUCUCCAACAGGUUGCAGACAGCAGACGGUGGAAUCCUAAGCCUUGACACAGACCUUCCCGAUACCUACAUGAAUUUUGUUUUCUUGCUGGAUUAUUUAGUUGAAAAAUCGGGUUAUACAUUGGUUUCGUUGAAUGAAUGUGUACGUUAAAAGAGGUAGUAUUCGGGAUCAUGUAUAAUUACAUAGUUCCCGGAUGCUUGAGGAGUAUAAAAUUGGAUCUCAUUUUUUUUCUCAAUAAAACGCAUUUUGAUAUACUUAUGGUUAUGGGAUGUUUUCAAACUGUAAUACAAUAGUCAUACAAUACAUAGGAUAUAUCUAAUAUCAUUGUUAACGCUAUGGUACACGUACAUGUGCUAAGACUUUAUAACUUACUGUUGAAAGACCUUGUCACUAUACAUUGGGUUUAUUAGACCCAUUCAAUGAAUCUGCUCAAACAUUUAAACUCACUGAUAAAGAAACCAUGGAAGAACUUAGAAAUAAUUCAGAAAGUGCCUGCAAAUCAUGUUAGCACGUCAUUAUUAUAAUUAUAAAGGUAAAGGAAGAAGAAUAACCCAUAACUCGCAGCUUCAAUGUGCCGAAUUGCGUAUGAGCGUGGUCGUGACUACCAAGCGGAAGUAGAGAGGCAGGGGCUGUGAACCAUAGCAUCGGGGUAAGCCCUACUCUUUCGUGCAAUAAGUUUUUAAAGAGCACACAGGCCAGGUAUGUACACUGGACCUCAAUUUUAAGUCAUCCGAGAGACUUGGUUCUACCAACCCAACCCUGGGCGAGGAGCGGCUCGAACCAGCGCCGAUGUUAAGGCUGUAGUUAGAGGCGCCCCUGCCUUACGGCUAGGCCACACGACUCGAUAAUGCGCUCACCAUACGUGGUUUGAACCCUCUUAAAGUCCAUAGAGAAAAAAUGUGUCUAGAUUAAUAGAUCACUCUAGCAAAAAGAAACUUAAACUUUAUAAAAAAUAAUUAAAGUCGCAAAACCACAUGGACAAAGAAAACCAUGAUAAAUACAGUAACGUGUAUAAUACCAGCCGAACCAUGGGCGAGGAGCGGCUCGAACCAGCGCCGAUGUUAAGGCUGUAGUUAGAAGCGCCCUUGCCUUACGGCUAGGCCACUCGACUCGAUAGUGCGCUCACAAUACAUGGUUUGAACCCUCUUAAAGUCCAUAGAGAAAAAAUGUGGCUAGAUUAAUAGAUCACUCUAGCAAAAAGAAACUUAAACUUUAUAAAAAAUAAUUAAAGUCGCAAAACCGGACAAAGAAAAAUAAUAAGUUAUGUAAAAGGGCAAGAAGGGACUUCUAUAUAUCCGGAUUAUCAAAAUGCCAUGGGGACAUGAAAAAAAACCUGGGACACAAAAAACUCUGUUAUAAAUCCAAAUAAGACUAAGCUAAAAUUUCCCGAUACCAUUAAGCAUAAUGAUGAUACAUUUACCGAUCGUACUAUAAUACCAGAACAGUUCAAUCAUUAUUUCAUUAACAUCGGACAACAAUUAUGCAAAGUUAUAAACUCUAAUGUCAGUCCAUUACGUUAUUUAAAAAACAGGCAAGCUAACUCAUUCUACAUUAAACCUGUUACAAUUAAAGAAAUAUCUGAUAUAAUCAGAAAUCUAGACAACAAUAAGAGUUCCGGAUAUGACAAUAUAUCUCCAAAAAUAAUAUAAGGGAUUUCAAAUAUUAUCGUAAGCCCCCUAGUCCACAAUAUAAACUGUUCCUUUGAAACUGGCAUUGUUCCCGAUAAACUAAAGAUUCCUAAGGUUGUCCCUGUUUACAAAAAAGGAAAACAUGAUGAAAUUACUGUUUUUUUUUAACUUUCAAAAUUUAAUAAAUGGUUUAAAGCAAAUAAACUUGUCUUAAAUAUAAAUAAAACAAACUUUGUUAUUUUCCAACCACAAAAUGUAUUAAAACAGUCACAAAAUAUCUUUAUCAAAAUAAAUGGUAUAAACCUAAAAAGAAUGGAUAGCGUCACAUUCUUAGGUAUUGUUAUAAACGAAAAUUUAAGCUGGAAACCCCACAUUCAAUAUUUAUGCAACAAAAUAUCUAAGGCCAUUGGUAUCAUCUGUAAAGUAAAAAACAUAUUUCCUGUACAUACACUAAUAAGUUUAUAUAACGCCUUUAUCUUGGGAACGUUAUAUAGGGAAAUUACUACACACCACAUAUUGAAAAGUUAUAUAAGUUACAAAAAUUAGCAGUUAGACUAAUAACAAAUUCACCCCGAGAUACUAGAUCACGUCCAUUAUUUAAACAAUUUAAUAUGCUUACCAUCUUUGAUAUAAAUAAGGUAAAGGCAGUAUGUUUUAUUUCUAGAUAUCAUCUCAGGCAAUUACCCCCUCCCUUAUGCGAAAUCCUUGACGGUAAUACAAAAAGUGAACGUGCAAAAGCCCUAAGAAAUUCAAACAAAAUGUAUGUACCUUUUUCAAGACUGACAUCCUGUCACAUACCUAUUUUUAUUCACUUACCAAAUAUGUGGAAUUAGCUAUAUGAUAGCCUUUUAAAAAUAAAUUCGCAAAAUUCGAUCAAAAAUAAAUUGAAAGAGAUGAUAUUCGAUACUUGUUAAGGAAAACUUUUCUUGCUUUGCUCUUUUUUUUUUAAAUUUAUCUUUAUAAAAUUUCUUCAUUUCUUGGGAGUCGUCCAUGAUCUCUGGCACUUUCCGGGGCAGUACACUGUCGGAGAUGUCUUGGUGUUAGGCGCACGGUAUUAUUACUAUGACGUGAUGAUCACUGAGGCAUUUCCCCUUCCGGGAGGUGCCGGCAAUUGUGGGCGAUCAUAAAUUUAAAAAUUAAA